UGGUCUGCAAAGUCUCACCUUAAGCAAAGGACUCAUUGUUUGCAAGAUACGCAAUCACGAUGUCGAAGAACGUUCGUGAUUACAUUGACCAAAUUGGUCAGCCAAGUAGCUAAUUUGAUUUUCAGAUUGAUGACGCAAUGAGAAUCCGAGACAACCAGCGCCGUUCACGUGCACGGCGGAAGGACCUGAUUAAAGACUUGCAAACUCGGGUGCAAGAGUUCGAGUUGAAGGGAGUCGCUGCGACACAGGACAUGCAGCGAGCAGCACGCAAGGUUGCACAAGAAAAUGAGAGAUUAAGAACUCUGCUUGCUCGUCACGGGAUCUUGAAAGAAGAGAUUGAAUCUUUUCUCCUGUCCUGCGAGACGACAGGGAGGCCAAUUGAAUCGGAACCGCAGGUGAUGGGUGCAAGAAGCUCGGGUGCUCAAUACUUAUAUCCAAACAACCCUGGGCCACGUCUGAUACACACAAACUCCCUGAGUCCAGCCUGUCCACAAGAAUACAGUCCUCAUGCAUCACCGGUUCAACUAUCAAGGCGAACUGCGCAGAUUGCGAGGCAGGAGUCAGAACAGUCAAUUCGACCGAGCGGCCCAAUGACCAGAUGUGGCACAGCGACACAAUGCGGGUCCUACACAAAUAUCUCGACUCGUGCUGAAGUCGAGGCCACCAUUAUGUCACGGCCCGUGGAAGCUUGCAGACAAGCCGAGAGCUACUAUGCCAGUCCAAGUGAGACCGACUCCUCUCCACCACCAUCGAGACCACAAGAAAACCGGUCAGAACCCACGUAUGCGGAACACGCGCCAUCCAUUACACAAAGCCAAGCCUGUUGCCCUCCCCCAGGGCCACCAUUAGAGGUUGGCAUGGACGACGCAGGCUGCCCAAGCACGGCUGACUGCUUCUGUCCUCCAAUGAUAUCGGUGUCUCUACCAACGCACAAGGUAAAUCAGGGCAACGAUGAGAUAUCGUGCGAGACAGCCGCUACGAUAAUUGCACAGAUGCGAGGGGAUGGUGAUGACGCAGCUGCGCGAGCCUCGAUCGGGUGUGGCCCGGGACAAGUGUGCAGCAUCAAGAACUCGUUUCUCAUGCAGAUCAUGGACGAACGGUAGCAAGGCACUCUUUGUGUGCUUUUUUAGUAUUGGCGUACUGUAUAUUUUGCCUCUAGGCACGUCCGACCAGCCACCUGGUAAAAGGCAGCAUCAGGCAAAAAGAAUCAAUAAUCUCAUCUGGACACUUUGUACUAGGAUAGAGUUGUUCGGUGAUGGCCAUUCGGUAUUAGCUAUAACAAACAUGGGUUGGAUCCUACAAAACGUCAAGUGGCUGGUCAGACAUGACUGUGUGCAGCAAAAGCUCUAGUGGCAAGCAAGUUCUCCGACAAUUAGCACGACUACGGCUAUUCUACGUCAGACUUUACGUAUCCCUAGACGCCAAUACUCCGUGUACUCGAGAAUGUAAAUAAAUGUUUUAACGUUAACCC